GAGGACGUCGAGGACCGAAAGGAGGAGGAGAAGGAGAAGGAAGGAGGAGGGGGAGAAGGAACCUCUGGUACCCGGGGGCCUGACCGCCCGCCAUGGCCGCGCUUGGCCGUCCCUUCCCGGGGCUGCCCCUCAGCCUGCAGGCGCCCCCGCAAAUCUCAGUCCACUAUAGAAAGAAACACAAACGAGAAGAGGAGGAUGAUAGUUGUCCCCUAAGGAAGAAGAGACUGACAGAAGCCGUGCUCUGUGCCAGUCCCAGUAAUUGGCUCCUGUGUGGCCAUCAGGGUAUUGAGGGCCCCGGGGCACAUGAGUGCCGUGGUGGCCUUUCUGCAUCAGGCAUGUUCGAUAUUCUCUGUGAGGAGAUGGAUCAGACAACGGGAGAGCAGCAGUGUGAGGCUGCCCGAAGGAAGCUUCAGGAGAUCGAAGACAGGAUAAUUGAUGAAGAUGAAGAAGUCGAAGCUGACAGACGCAUCAGUGACCUGCCCAGUCUUGUUCUAUCAGACACUCUGAAGACAGGCUUGAAGAGGGGGUUUGAUGAAGUCCUUACAAAGAAAAUAAUCGAGUCCAUGAGCCGCCCUUCCAUGGAGUUGGUGCUCUGGAAACCUCUCCCAGAACUCCUACCCGACAAGCCAAAGCCUUUACCUUGUGUUAAGAACUACACAGAAGAGCCUGGAGGGGACCAGAGUAAGCCUCCAAGAGCUGUAAAUGCCUUCUGCCAACAGACUGAGGUCUUCUCUGAGCCCCACCAAAUAGGGGUCCCUCUCUACAGUGGCCUGGACACAGCUGGCUGCACAGAGGAAGAGAUGGAACUUUAGAAAACCAGGUUUAAAUCUUGUGUCCAAUUCUGGAAGGCCCUUUUGUUGGUUGUAUAACCCUCUUAGCCUAAGGACUUGAAAGUUGUAUCAAAUGUGGGGGAUAAUAUCUCUACCUGUGAUUUAUAAACAAAAUCUUAAUUUGGGCAGCUUCUUGCUGGGGUCACAUCUUACCAUGGAAGCUUCUCUUUGGAGCAAGCAGUCUUCUAGGAGGCUUAUUUGGAAUGUCAAAUCACUGCCUGUGGGAAAGGGUGAGAGGAGUGGGAUGUCAGGGUUUUGGAGUCACCCAUCCUAUCAUCUUCUGAACAUGGAAAGACUUUUGAAAGGUGCUCUCCUCUCCUCAAGAUGUUCAGAAAACAAAUCAGGAGAGGAGGGUUUUGGCUAUUAAGACACAGAGUCUUAA